CAAAAGAGUGUCAGAUGAAACCCAGUUACCAGUUCGUCAACAGUACGUCCACACUGAAAUAACUCCAAACGCAGGCAGGUGGUUACAUGACGGUCAAAGACGAAGCCUCAGACAGCAUUUUUAAUCGUCCAAGGAUAUUUUCGCUUAACCCAGACAAAGGAAUUGAUAAAGUUGGAGCUUCCUUUUUUUUUGCUAUGCUUUACUGCAAGCACAUGUUAAGGAAGGAGGGCCCAUAAACUAAAGGAGAACAAACCAAGCAGCCCAAAGUAACCCAAACCUCGAUCGUCACUUCGGAAUCAAUCCUCUCUUCUCAACUGGGUGAAAUGCCUUGACCUUACUGCCCCGUACCAUGGCAGGUUUAGUCUCCUCUGCGUGUUUGGUGGUGAUGCUCAAGGCUCUUAUGCAUGCCCAUGGCCAGCAUGUAGUGUUUCUGGGAAUGACGGUGUUAGUAACAGUGAUCGCCGCUGACUCACCUGUUGCAGAUAAUUCACACCACGACAUAGGAUUUCUUGGAGAUGUUCCAAGUUCAACAAGGUCAUCACCAUCAGCCUUACCAGCCUCACAUCAUACUGCCUUUGAGAGCACAGACUCACCUGGUGCCCUGCCAUCCAUUUUGGAACCAAACUAUGAAGUUAGGACGGCUGACAUCACACAUUCUGAAAACUCAAAAUCCUUCACAGCAAGUGACCUCCUUGCAGAAGAACCACUUCCUAUUUCCUCUCCAUCAUCAAACCCCUUCGAACCUGUAUUGGGGUCUAGUCCACAAUUUGAGGCACCUGCUAAACUUGCCACGGACUGGAAGCUGACCAGAACAAAUUUGGCCCAGCAAUCUUCCUUUCUUUCUCCAACUUCUCCCCAGUUCCAGCCUCAGUCAAAUAUAUCCGAAACAUCAAUAAGCACCUCUGCUUUUACAAGGUCAGCAACACCUCAGCUAGGUCUUAAUUCUGCGCAGAAAGAAACUUUCACCAAGCAGCUGGGGGGUGCAUCAGAGCAAACACUGGCAAUCAUGACCUCACUUCCUAGUCAGCCUCUUGAGCCCCCUAAACUAGAUUUCGCUGAAUCUCUGGCAGAUGAAUCUUACAGUAAAAUACUGGAUUUGAACCAGCUGAGCCCCAGCAGUGCCCCCAUGGAGGCAAAGGAAGCACCCCGUGACAUAAACAUGCUACCCAACCCAGAUCAGAUUCUGGCCCCUGGCUACUAUGUGCCUUUCAUUGCACCCCACCCUUCAUCGCCUUCAUCUAAACCCACAGAGAUCUCUCCAGAGGACUUCUACCCCACCAACACCAUGGACUUUGACUGGGGGUCUGGGGACUACUUGGAAACAAUGUCAUUCUUAAAUUCAGAUGGAGAGGAUUACUCUCUGGUCACCAAGGUGCCCUCUGACUCGUAUGAUCUGGAGGACUAUACAGAAAGCUAUGACACAUCUUUCCCUUCCAGAGUGGGCAUAUCCCCUUCAUCCUUGAAUCCUCUUCAUGUCUCACCUUCUCCCAGCCUCAUGACAACAUACAGCACUGUUGUUCCUCUAAAAUCCAUUUCUCUUUCCUCUACAACUCACUAUACACUGGAACCUACUCCCACAGCUAACAGUGAUAUGGCUGAUGCAUCAGACAUAGAUUGGCUCGAUACUUUCACAAUUCAACCGACAGAUGUCCUCUUACCUGACAUGAACAGCUUGGAGUAUUACACCACUCAGUUGACCAAAGAGAACAACAGUUCAGACGCUGGAGCUGAACAUAGAGGGAAUGUUACCGUGGUGUCCAUCAGUGCAACAAAUAUCACACCCACCAGCAGCUUCACUAAUGAUACCAAAUUGACUGAAGACGAGUCCUCCAGUGACCUGUCAGGGUUUGAGCCACAUGAUGAACCAACCAUAGUAGUAACCACAGAGGAGAGUCCUCAGCUCAUUAAUGCCACUGAGCCAUUUCUGGAUCCUUCCAUAACCUCAACCCAUUUUUUUGAUCCCUCCUCUUCCACCUUGGGUGGUCAGGUGUCCACCACAGAUUGGUCUUCACCUACACUAACUGUUGGUCUGGACAGAACUGUAUUAAUAGAAACUAUGCUACUCAGUGCCACGCCAUUGCUGCCAGAUGAUGUAAUGUCUUCCUCUUCUCUGACAGAUGUCCAUUGGUUUGUUACAGAGUCAUUCCCACAGAGUACCAUACACACCACUCCUGUCUUAACUGUAACCAUAGCCUUCGCCCCUGUUCCUACUGAACCUGCUGCCAACACCACUGCUGGUACAACAGAACUAACUCCCCAAGACUCUACUUUAACAACUGAAAAAACUCUUAAUGUCACUUUAGUUUCAACUGAACCCACAUCGAAUGUCCCCCCAGUCGUAUUGGGUGAUCAGGGGGUGUAUGAAGAUGGAGUUGACAUCCCAGCCACAGUGACCUUGAUCUCAACUAGCAGUGAAGCUAAUACAGUCUCUGCUGUACCCACAACUACAACUGCCACCACUACUUCUCAUCAAGCCACAAGUAGAACCACUGCCACCACUGAAGCCUCAACUAGUGUCAAAAUCAUCUCUACCACCACCACAACUACAGCACCGACAUCAAGACAGUACCUCUGCAACUUUGAAAAGCCUGAUUAUUUAGUAGAAAUUGGCUUUCCUUCCGGGGCCACUGUUGGAUAUGCCAAAUCUCAAGUGAGAGAUAUUUUAAAAGGGGAAUUCAACAAGUCAGUGGAACUACAGGUUGUGAACCCCCCACCAAAGUUUGUGUUUCGGGUGGUGUCUGGUCCAGUUGUGUACACAGCCAUAUCUGUCGUCAAUGCUCUGCGAAGGUCUGUGCGCCGCUUCCUAUCUGUGUCUCCUAACUGGACAACACCAGACAGUAAAUAUCAAAUCCACACAGUGCUGCAGUUUGUUCCCAGUCAUAUAGAUGUGCGGUUCUGCAACUUCAGUGAGAGCAUUGAGAAAGGUUUGACCAUGGCAUUUGCAGAAGUGCGUCGGCGCUCAAAGGAGUCAACCAACUUCACAGUGCAUAUUGUAAACAUCACCAUGGCCGCUCCUAAAUAUCAGGAACAAUGGUUAGUGAGGCAGCCGGUGGACAUCACCUUCACUGUGCGCAGUUCAAGGGGUUAUUUGAUGGGGUCAGAGGUCAGCAAUGCUCUGAUGAAGCUCACAGUUGUGGAAUUCAGCUAUUACAUGGGCUUUCCAGUACUGCAGAUUGCGGAGCCUUUCCAUUACCCAGAGUUGAACACCAGCCAUUUGCUUCGCUCCUCCUGGGUCAGAACAGUGCUCCUGGGUGUGCUGGACCAGAAAGUGAAUGAGAGGACCUUCCAAGCCAGCGUGGAGCGUCGGGUGGCCAUGUUACUCGGGGAGGCAAUGGGAUUAGUCAGACGUGUAAGGAGAGCAACCACUAUAGGAAACAGCAGUGUUCAGGUUGUAAGUACGAGGCGUCUGGUGGGUGUGGACCAUCCCUUGGAGAUAGUGUAUUUUGUGGAGGGUCCCAGUGGUCAGAGGAUGCUUGCAGUUCAAGCAGCCAACCUACUCAACAGCCUGGAUGUUCAAAGGGCUGCCAUCAUCUUGGGUUAUCGUGUCCAGGGCAUUUUGGCACAGCCUGUGGAGAAGGUGGCGUCCUCACCCUCUGACGCUGAGAACAACAACAUGUGGAUCGUCAUUGGGGUGGUGAUUCCACUCCUUGUGGUCAUCGUCAUCAUUUCCAUCCUGUACUGGAAACUGUGUCGUACAGACAAGCUGGAGUUCCAGCCCGACGCCAUGACCUCUAUCCAGCAGAGACAGAAGUCUACUACCUCAUUCAGAGAAUCAAGGACCUCUCUUCACCAGAUACUCCCUCCAACUAAAAAGGACAUAGAGUUUAGUGAGGGGGAGUAUGAGGAAGAGGAAGAGGAGUUUGAAGAAGAAGAGGAGGAGGAGGAGGAGGAAGAGGAGGAGGAGGAGGAGGAGGUUAAAAGAGGGAAGAGACCAGCUCCUCUCAAGAGCAAACACAGUAUGAGCAGUGAGGAGGACGAAGAAGAAGAAGAAGAAGAGGAGGAAGAAGAAGAGGAGGAGGAAGAAGAAGAAGAAGAAGAAGAAGAGGAGGAGGACGAAGAUGAGGACAAAGAUCAGGAAAGGGAGAGCUUUAAACAGAAAGGAAUUAAACCAGAUGAGCAAAGGAGACAAGAGAGGAAAGCAAUGAUAAUGAAAACAGGAGAGAUGGAGAAAGAAGACAAAAUGAAAGUGUUAACUAAAGGAAGGAAAUCAAUGGCAGAGUUGCAGGCUCCCAGUGUGAAAGGCUUUGACUUUGCCAAGCUGCACCUUGGCCAGCAGAGUAAGGAUGAUGUCAUGGUGAUUCAGGAGUCUGUUCCGCCAGGGUCUGGCCCUGGACCCCUGCCCAUGUCCAUUAAAGAGGGCCUCACUCCAUCUGAGAACGGCGAGAUCCCCACUCCCAUAUCCAAAACCUCAGCCUCCUCUACCAAGGCAUCCCGCAGCGGUCGGAGGCGAGAGAGGAUCUCGCCGUCCGACGGUGACUCGGUAGUAAGUGAGCGUUCCAGUGAGCAGGAAUCAACUGAGAACCUCAGAGCCCACGCCACACCCAGCGACAGCAAGCAGACCCGUAAGGUCCCCAUCAAUGUUUUAAAUGGUCCUCCUCCUAUGAAUGGUACAAAUGAGCAGCUGUCAUCAGCUUCCAUCUUUGAACAUGUUGAUCGGAUGUCUCGUGCCACAGAUGCAAGCAGGAGACUCCCCAAUAAAGUCCAGCUUAUCGCCAUGCAGCCCAUGCCUGUCCCACCUCUACACAGCCCACCCAUCAAUGGCAAAGUUUCUGACCCCAACCAAAUCAAUAAAGAGAUUCAGGUGGCAUUGAGGCACAAGUCAGAGAUAGAGCACCAUCGUAACAAGAUUCGUCUGCGUGCCAAGAGGAAGGGCCACUACGACUUCCCCACCAUGGAUGACAUGACAAGUGGCCUCGGAGAGGCGAAGGACCAGGACCGCAUCUAUCAGAAAGCACAGAUACAGAUCGAUAAGAUCCUGGACCCGGAUGCCCAGAUGUCCUCCAUCUUCAUGGGAUCCAAGAAGAGUGGUCGGGGGAGACGCUCUCCCAAACAGAGGAUGAAGGAGCAGCUGAAUGGAGGCAUGAUGGAAGCAGACAAAGAUCACCUGAUCACUGAAGACAGUGAUGCUGCAUACAGAAAGUGUCCUGGAGUCAACAAUGUGGCCUACGUAUCGGACCCUGACCAAGGCCCAGGAUCCCCUCACAGGAGCCCUUCCCCCACCGAUGACGUCUUCCUUGGUCCCACUUCCUCUCCUCCAGGCCAUGCCCCUCCCCCACCUCCCUACUUGCCCCCACAGCCCUCCAUUGAGGAGGCGCGGCAGCAAAUGCACUCCCUGCUGGACGAUGCCUUUGCCCUAGUGUCGCCUACCUCUCAGGGCAGCACUGCAGGGAUCACUCUCCCAGGGGUCAAUGCCAACCCUUCUGGCUCCAGCCCUCCAGGACGUGGCCCCAGACCUUGGGGUCCCUCCUACCAAGCUCUUGGCCCUUUCCCUGGUAGGUUCACUGAGCUAAGCAUGUCCCCUGCUUCUAUCCAAGGUCUGACACCAAGGCAGGGCCAUGGCUCGAGCUGCCUGCCACAAGGAGAAACAGUCGUCCAAUGUGAGCAGCUUCAGCCAGAAAGCCUGUACUCCAGCAGGGGCCUCUAUGCUGAUGAGCUCCCCUCGUCUGCCAGGCCGCGACCAGUUGGGGGAACUACAGGCGCCCAUCUCCAUCAUCUUACACAGGUGGGAUUGUCCAGCCGGCUGAACGGUUACCCAGCAGGGGUCAGGGCUGCUUCAGGCCAGAACGGAGGCAUUGGCUGGAACCACUACCAAGAUGACAAUUUCUCCAGGACAGAGCCUGAGAAAGAUGCAACACCCAGAAGUGGCAUCAGGGAGCCUUCGGCACCCCCUGCCCACCUAGACAUCCCAGGAUUGGGCUAUAUGUCAGCCCCACCUCCCCUGGAUACAUCUCCUCCUACCCACUCCUCUGCCUCCCUGAUCAAGGCCAUCAGGGAAGAGCUGUUGCGUCUCUCCCAGAAACAGGUGGCUGUGCCCAGCUACCACAGCUGAAGCCCCGCCCUCCAGUCUGUAGCUCUAACCAGUCAUGCCACUGACCCUGCCUGCCUGCUUUGCCUAAUCUGACAAUACUUCCCAUGGAAGUCCCCGAGGGUGUACAGCAGAGAGAUAGUCCUGCUAAACUGAAGUGAAGAGGUGGUUAAUAGAGAUUUCUACCCAAGGAGGCUGCUGAAUGACAGGACGGUUGAUUCAGCUCCUAGACUAUUCAGAGUAAAGAAUAUGAUCAACAGCAGUAUGUCAAAUCAGAACAGUGAAAUGAAAUGAAGAGCAAUAUGAACAGUAUAUGCUGGGCCUUUUAAAAUGAGAUGACAGGUCUGGACUGCCCAUGUGUCUGUCCUGCACUUCACUGUGGAUCAGGGAAGGAUCAUGCCAAGUCCCACCCACUGUGGAUCCACAUUCGGGACUUAUUUGAGAUUUUGCUGAAUUUCUUCGGACUCAGUAUUCUGGGUCAUGGUUUCAUUCUCAUGCUGCCUUCACUAAACAGAAAUACCCCCUAAGACAUGUCAUUUUAAGAAAUUUCCUUUUUAUAGAUUACAUUACUUAAACUACCGUAUAGGCGAUUGUUGUUUUCCCCAUGCAGGUCCUUAACCUCUUUACCACCAUCAGGUGCUACUCCAUGUUUUCUGCCAUGAUGAGCCAUGCUAUGCCUUGACACUGUGAUGUAGUUCACCCGACCCAAUCUACUGUACGAGCCUACAGUAAGGUCAUAGUUCACAGCCAGCGAGCCAGUUCAGACAGUAGGCACAAAGGGGCAUCCGUAGAGACUAAAAACACUCAUUAAAACAACCUAUUCUUUCCUUACUUACAGCUAGUAGCAGAGUUAGUCUGAGUUGAUAUCUUUUGACCUCUUGACUUACAGUAUAUACUUGUUUUUUGUGGACAAGUUGCAUUCGUGCCCUGUGUUUUUAUUUAUGUUUAGUAGCUAACAGACUGCUAGACAAACAUGAAAAAACAGCCUUGAAAUCACAUAAAUCUUCAAACCUGACUUUAGAGGCAGGUGUUAGAGAUACAGGCACAAAUGUGUGACAAAUUAUAAAUGAAGAACUUCCGUAUGUACUUGACAAUUAGGGUGUAUCGUAUGUACUCAGUAUUUGGUUAUAAUUUGAUGCACUGUAUGCAGACUACUUGGUACAGCUCAGGUCAUUCAGAAAGAGAUUCCUUGCGGACAAAUCAGUGUUAAGACAGUUGAAUAGGUCACAUGGAAGAACUGUUAACAAGGGAAGAAGAAGUCAUAGAGGCCAGUAAUCUGUUUUAUCAUUAACCUGUAUUGACAAUGUACUCAACCACCAUCUGUGUUUCAUGCAGUAUUCAAAGUUUGCUUUGCCUCCUUGUUAGCACAGGAAGGAAAAACGUGUACUGUAUUCCUUUGGAUUUACCUUGCUUCACUUUAAAUGUCUGUUAGUAAUUGUACUGGUUGGAAAUCAUUCUAGGUUACCUUUUUUAACCCUUACCCUGACAUGAUGUUUUGGGACCUGAAGUAAUAUUUUUAUUUAAAUAAAAUAAAAGAGGAAAUUAUGGAUUUUAAAAGCAGGGCUUGAAACCAUGUUUUGGAGAGUGUACCAGUAUUGUGGUGGAACUCUUCCCUACACAAGCACCAAUGUUUGGAAGUGAGUUGAAACAUGCUUCAAAUGUUACCAGAGCGUACUUUUCCAUCUUUUUUUAUUGGUUUGCAACGAGCCAAAAUUAAAUUUCAUCCAGCUAUUGUGUGGAGUUUCCUUUGCAAUGCAGGGAGACGGAUUAGGUUCUGGUUUUCCAUUCAACCUCUUAUGUUCUUGUUUUGUGUCACACAAUCUCACACUGUAUGCCUCCAUCUGCUGGUUCUGUACUGUAACAACAACCCAUCCACCUGUCAUCCUCAGCUCCUUUUUUUUUAUUGUUGUUUUUGGUGUUGUUGAUUUGUUCAUCUAUUUGUGAAUAUUAUCUGUUGGCUGGCCCAACUUAAUGUUUGAGUUGAUGUUGCAUGUUUAUUGAAUUUCUUCUUUUUGUUUUUACGCAUGCUGUUCCAAAAUUCUUGAAAUACAAAAAAGAAACUGUCACUACAUAGCCAUAAGUCUGGGUCCAAUUUGAUGUGUUGACUCUGUCUGUGAAUCUUGGUUUUAAUUGUGUUUUGAACGUUAACACAUUAUCACCAUUACAUUAUUUGACCUGGCAGUGGCAACAGUAUAUUUUAAUUAAAACUCCAUUACAAAGGGGAA